AUGCUGAACUUUGGGAUGUGCAUUCCAUGGUUGCCAGCCGCCAUUGCAUCUCAGAUAAUUAUGGGCACGAUCUACACUUUCGCGGUGAAGGCGGCGACGGACAUGAACCUCUUCUACUCUCUUGGUGAUUCACAGGUCUUCCUGGCCAUGCAAGUGCUUUGCAGAAAUGCGGAUUCCCUUGGCUGUGUGCUUGGGGGUUUUGUGGCAUUCGCUCUUUAUGAGCUAGAGCCUUUGGGCCCCUUCCUCCUGACCGGUUCCAUCUCCGCCUUUGCCUUUGUCGUCUACACCACAAGCAUGUGCUGUCGCGUUGGCUUUGGGACCGACAUCGAAACCGCUGAAGCCCAGCGCUCUCGCAGGAAGGGCUUGAGGCGAGUGAGCACCUGGAAGAGUCAAAGAAGUGUGGUCAAUAGGAAGCCCGAAGAUGAAACAAUUUAG